CGGGGGACCCGCGGGGAUCCGUGCAGCGCCUCGGCGGUGCUAUGGCAGCACUGGAAAACGCCACCGGCAACGUCGUGUUCAAGUUUGAGCCAUUUGUGCUCCAUGUGCUGUGCCAGGAGCUGCAGGACGCACAGCUGCUGCAUUCAGUAGCUAUUGAGUCUGGGUUCAAGAACUCUGGCAUUACAGUUAGCAGAGGAGGAAAAAUUAUGAUGGCUGUCCGGAGCGCUCAUUGCUUGGAAGUUCCAUUGAGCCACAUGGGGAAACUGAUGGUCUCUGAAGAAUAUAUUGAAUUUUUGGUGCAUGUGGCUAAUCAGAAAAUGGAAGAAAAUGCAAGGAGGAUUGACAGGUUCUACAAGCACUUGGAGGCAGCCCUGGAAGCAGCGGGCGGUGUGAGCAGCUCGCCCUCCACAGACACAGGGCAGGCUCGUGCUGUGUAUGUCCGCAGAAGGAAAAGGAGGACUGCUCGAGUGCAGGAUGUGCUUCCCUCUGCAGAGCGUCGUAACGAGGAGUUGGAGCCUGGGGAUGACCCAGAAGACAGCCUUGAUAUUUUUGCUGAAAUCACGCUGUAGACUCUGCCACUGAAAGGCAAAUGGCAAACUGGACAAUGCAUGUGGUGCUCUUUAUAAGAGAUACAAAUAUUGCUCUGUUCUAAGUAGUAACCCUGCUGAGCAUUACCAGGAGGAAAAAUAAUAAAAAAAAAACACAAGGUAAUUGAACAGAAUUGUGAACAGGCUUAAGGCCAUGGAAGCACAGAGAACAGAACCUCAA